AACGGUCAAAUAACAUAUAAUUUGUCUAAAUAAUAGGUUUACAAACGGCGCCUAAUAGUUAAGUGCCGCUUCAAGGUGAUGAAGAUAAUUAUAUCAUAGAAUCUAUCAAUUCAUAAAUUUUGAAGAAUAAACGAAAGACCAUGAUUCGAGCUUUCGUGAACUUCUCUCCUCUGCGAUCGAUUAGUAUGAUUUUUCACCGAAAUACAUGCGAAUCUCGAAGGUUUUACACUGGAAAACGAGGUGGGAGCUCGAGCUUCUUCUCGCACUCACGAAGUUCAGCAUUUGAUGGUCAUCGCAGCCGAAACUUUCCCGAGGGGAGACAUAUUACCACACCAAGAAAGAUGUCUUCCACUGUACCAGCUGAAUGGAGGAAAUUUAUCACAAAAUUUCAGGAGGCAAAGACAGAACAGGAUGGCCUUGCCAAGAUUUUCAUUAACAAAGAUCUUAGCUAUGGAGAGUUCAACAAAUUUGGGAGACUCAAUCUAUGGUGUAUCAUCGACUACUUUGAAGCCAGUCUCAAUCUCUUCCAACCAGACUUCACAGGCAAUGAGCAUGUUUCACUGUUUGCCCGCAACGUCGAGGUUAAUCUAAAGGAGGGCACUGAAGGCAGAAUCCAAAUUGACCAAGCCCUCAAGUUUAAAAUCUGCUUGACUUACUUGGGGAAGAGUUCAGUGUGCUGGGAAGCACAGUGCAUGGAUCUUAAGACAGAUGAAGAACUGGCAAACUAUUGGAUUCAGAUGGUCACUGUGGAUAUGAAAGACCGUAAGCCAAAGCCAUUUGCGUACUUGCUUGAGGACUUAUGUCCAAAGAAUUUGCGAGAAGAGCCACCAAAUGGUUUUGAUCUUGAGUUCAAACCAGAGACAGCUUUCAAACAUGAGUUUGUUGUCAAUUGGAGCGAUACUGACUUCAAUUCUCACUUGAAUCAAGCCGAUAUGUGUCGAAUGUGUGUAGACUGCGGUAGUUUUGCUGCAACGCAGAAUAAUCUUUCUGCCUUCAGUCACGAGUUGGUGGCUUAUGAUCUAAAAAGAUGCUCGUUUAUGUUCAUGAAAGAAGCGCGCCCUGGAGAAAAGGUCCUGGUGGAAUGCUGGGAAUCUGAAGGGAGCCCUCUAGUGUUGAACUUUGCAUUUUCAAAGGAGAAUAAACUUAUCACCAUGAUACAGUUGGAAUACUUCUCAGGUGAUGUUAAUGCUGCUUCCAAGUUGUGAAAUUGCACAUCAUAAUUAAAUUUAUUUAAUUUUGACUUAGUUGUGAUGAGAAAGAAAUGAGCAGAUGUGUUAUUUCCACAAGCUCUCUUUCUUAACGUACAAACUCUGAUCUGAGAGACACAAGUAAAGUCUCCUUUGGCUCGGUGAUUGAUAAAAUGAUAAUGGAAAUGGAUUUAGCGGUGAUUAUAUGGGAUGUAAGACAUCAUUAUUGUAAAAUGAUAUACCAGUUAAACUAUAUUCCAGUGUUAGACCAAAACUGUCUGAAAUAAAUUACCAUGUGCUAGACUA